AUGUCAUCUGAUUCUCAGGCAAAGCAUUGGUCCACACCAUUUCUUCUCCCUCUCUCCGAAGCAGAAAUAUCCGAUUCUACUGGAAACCGCGCGCUGAUCAUUUUGAACCAACCUUUCUCCGAGUCUCUCUUCUCUCGACUAUGGCAAUCUACGUCAUGGCGCUGUUGUGCUGAUGGCGGGGCGAAUAGGCUAUUCGAUCUUUUCGCCUCUGAUGAGGCAGCAGAAGAACGGAGGUCGCUUCAUCUGCCCGACCUCGUGAAGGGGGAUUUGGACUCUCUUCGCGAUGAUGUGCAACAAUACUACGCAAUGAAGGGCAUCCCAGUGGUUCAAGAUCACGACCAAGACUCGACGGACUUGAUGAAAUGCGUAUCCAGUUUGGAGGAGAAAGAGCGGAAGGAGGGUAAGCAGGAGACGUACGACAUCAUUCUGCUUGGUGGUCUAUCCGGACGGUUGGACCAAACGAUCCACACCUUGUCGUACCUUCACAAGCUGCGAAAAUCAAGCCGGCGGGUCUUUGCUGUGACAGACGAGAAUGUUGGAUGGGUUCUUGACGAGGGCGAACAUUACAUCUCAAUCCCUCAUUCCGCUUUGGGUCCGACGUGUGGUCUGCUUCCCGUGGGCGUGGACUCCACCGUUCUGUCGACGUCAGGCCUGCGUUGGAAUCUAUCCGACCAUGUUUCUGGCUUCGAUGGCUUGAUGUCGACUUCCAAUCAUCUCGUUCAGGAAGAGGACACGGUGUGGAUAAAAACUUCGAGACCUAUAUGGUGGUGCGCAGAACUGAAGACAAUAUGA